CGCCGGUGCAGGUGAAGGUGUAGACACAGGAGAGCAGCAGGAGCAGGAGGCCACCGUUGAAGGUGGCGCCAUGAGAGCCCGCCCUGCGCCUGCGCACUGAGGCAGGAGCACACAAGCGAAGGGAGCGAACUUCACAAGGCCGCUCAUUUAGGAGUUAGGUGGGCUGGAGGGCUGCAUAAAGUCCAAGAAGAGUGUCGAAGUGUGGCAUGUUCCCCCGUCUCUUGUGAGGACCUCCCUGCGGUGACACGCGCCAUAGUUAUUAUUCCACGCACAGCUCCACCAUCAUCUUAGACUUUUUUUUUCAAAUUUAAGCAAAAAUGUAUCAUCAACCACCACCGAAUGUUGACUCAUCCACCUCAAUUGAGGGAAUGCCAGGAGCUCUUCCAUCCAAAACACCUGUGUCACUUCUUCAAGAAUUGUGUAUGAGACGUGGAAUCUCUCCAAAAUACGACUUGUUGCAGAUAGAGGGUGCUGUACAUGAACCAACUUUUGUUUACAGAGUCACGGUUGGAGAGUUUGCUGCUAAUGGAUCCGGACAGAGCAAGAAGAAAGCAAAACAUGCUGCAGCCAAAGCAGUACUGGACAUCAUCAUCCAGGGUGGUGCAGCUGGAGCUGGAGGCCCUACAGCUGGUGGAUCACCUGGAGCACCACCUGAGCUAUCCACUCAGAUUGUUUCACCAUAUGAUGAUGGUAUCCCAGGGAACCCAGUUGGAUCCUUGCAGGAGCUGUGCAUGGCGCGUCGGUGGCCCCCUCCCACUUAUGAUCUUACCUCGGAGGAGGGUUUCCCUCAUGAGCGAACUUUCUCCAUUGCUUGCACCAUCGGCAAUACAAAAGAAAUUGGUACCGGUAAAAGUAAGAAGCUCGCAAAACGACAGGCAGCAUACAAAAUGACUCAGCGGUUGAAGGACCAACCUGUAGAGCAGACCCAAGUCAAUGUACUAGCAGAUGACGACGAUGAGAUUGCCCAGAAGCUGGCAGCAAGAUAUUCGGGGCUCAAGGACUCAAAGGUGCUAUCCCUGACUACCAGUGACUCACGGAAGGUGAGUCACUUCCACAAGAACCUAAAGCAGUCCCCCGGCAAGAAGCUGCAGGAGUUGCAGACAAUUUCACUGAGCUCUCUCUCACUCAACUUUGUCCAAAUGCUUCAAGAUAUUGGUCAGGAAGCUAACUUUGUCGUCACCUUUGUUGAUAUUGAAGAGUUAUCAGUUACAGGUCAGCACCAGUGUUUAGUCCAAUUGUCGACACUUCCUGUAGCUGUGUGUUAUGGCACUGGUGCAUCGGUUAAGGAAGCUCAGUCUGCCGCUGCUCACAAUGGUCUCGAGUACCUGAAGAUCAUGACCAAUAAGUAGUUUGAAAGCUGGAGAAAGAAGCUUAAGAGUGAGGAGGAAUUUUAUAUCAAGAUAGUGACACCUGGUAUAGGGUGUAACCUCACUAAUCCAGUUAUUUGCUUGUAAAAUCUUUGUAAAAGGAAUAUAAAAAUUGUAGUGGAUACUGUACUACAGUAUGCGCCUACAUACCAAAAAAAUGAAAAAAUCAUUCUUUAAGAAUGAUAAAAAUGUACUCUUUUCAUGAGUUGUAUCAAAAAAAUUAGGAACUCAGACCAGAAUUGAGCAAGAUUUCUGUGGUACCUGUGGUCAAUGUGCAGAAUAGAAUACUAGCACAUACUUUUUUCAUACAAACAGAAUUAUAGAAAAUAUUCUUUCACAACAAUGAUGGUGAAAGUAAUAGGAAUUUGAUAAGAUGCUAAUAUUUUAUAUGAAGCUUUUAAGCAGUUCAGUUUUAUCUUUAAAUGUUAAAUAAAUCCUAGACUGCAUAGGAAAGAUUUGAAAGUACAGUAGCUAUCAUGAGCUAUGAAGAAGCUUUUUCAAGAUAGCUUGUAUGCAGUACGUUUAAGCACAUUUGUUAUGUGCCUCUGCCUAAAAAUAUAAAUAUCAUUUUGACCCCACAGAUAUCCUGGUCUGAGUUUACUCUCGUUGUGUGCAUCUGCUAUACUUUGCAUAGAACUAGUGAAGUGUUAUGGUAGAGCACACGCUGGCUGACUUGGCCUCCAUUUUGCACAUCAAGUGAAUGGUGUAAAGGUAGUCAAUAUAGUACCUGACACUCUUUUUAGUACAAUUAUUGUAGGCCGUUUGUCGUUUCUAAAAAUUAGGUUUGAGUAUCGACGGACACCACACCAUCAAUGCAAAAAUGGAGUAAAAGUGAACCAGUGCGUGGCCUCCUUACCUUGAAUGUACCGUAGUCUUGGCCAGGUGUAGGUGUCAGUAAUGGAGUACGUUGCCAGGGUGGAUAUAAGUGGCAACAUUUUGUACUGCCUGUUCACAGCUUGAUAAUUCAGCAUUGCAUUAUAGUGAAUUCAUAGUAGGAUAGAGAUUUACUCAUUUAAUUCUUGGAACACACAAGUAUGCAUAUGUUUUAGCUUAGUUGUGAAGUUCCAUAGUUUUCUGCAUUGUAAAAAUCCCUCCAACCCUUGCAAAUUACUCCAUACUGCAACUUAAUAAUGCUUUAUCUGAUAAGCUGUUACGUACAUUAAUUCUUUUUAUCUAAUGGGCAUUCAUUAAUUAAAUGCAAAGUAUAGACAUUGGAUGAUUGUUGGUUGUUAGAGAUGGGCCACUCUGGGUAUUUGAGUGUAAUUUGGUGAAUUGGUCAAGUGUGUGUUUCAUUAAUCGAUUAUGGUUUAUCUUAAAAUUUAUAGUGAUCAAAAUGAAACACAUUGAAAGCUCAUAUUCACUUGUCACAUUGCUCAUUGUUUCAGGAAACUCAGAAGAACUAUUUCAGGUUUCCUCAUCAUGUUUGAAAGAAUGGUUGAUCACACUUCCUACAAUUACAUUGUUGAAAUCUUCAACUACACAUGAAUUAUGGGCAAGUGAUGUCUUCCGAUGACAAGCUAAAACAAUGCCCAAAGGGUGGCUGAGGGCCCACACAGAACAUGGUGUCUGUCAGCUAUGUUGGUGCUUUAUUGCUGCACUUGCUGGCAUUGACAGGGUGUGGUCCAUGGAUUGAAGCCCAUUGUUUGUAUUAGACAGCACAUAAGGGGAUGAGCUGCAGCACACUUAUGUCAUGCAAAGUUGCCCAAUAAGACAGAACUUAAAUGAAAUGCACUUUAGGUUUUAAUUGUAUCUUGUUGGUGAUGGUACGUGUACAUGACGAGGCAGUGUUAGGCGUCAUCGUGUUGUGUGCUGUCAGUUUUUGUUUACACUCCAGCCCAUGUGAUCUCCACCAGGAGGAUGACUGUGAUCCUCAGUGUAGCAGCUGUGCCACACAUACUUACACCAUACAAUAUUGAACAAAUGUUUUCUAAAUUACUAUAGUAAUUUUACGAAUGAGGAAAUUCUUCAGUUGUCCAAAUAUUGCUUAAAGAAGUCCAAUUUACUGUCUACUGCUGUGCAUAAAAUUCUUAGCUGGAAAUGUAAAUCAUACUAGAGGUAAUAGUCUAAAUAGUGUAUUGAUAAAUGUGAAGUGGAAACCAUUUUACUUUCUCUACUUCUUGUGGAUGUAAAUUUAAAUUAACAUUUGUACAUUAAGAUAGCUCAUUUUAUGAAUAUAUUGUAUGUAAAGUUAUGACUUUUAACUCACAUUAUUUUUUAAUUGUAAUAAUUAAGUUCACUAAAACUAGUCAUUUCAGAUAUCUAUAGAAAUUAUUAAGAUAUUGAUUACUGGAUGACUGCUUAAAGCAGAUUUGUUGAGUCUGAAAGUUUCAUACUUGUUAUAAGAGUUGAAAGAUCAAUUCUGGAGCUUAGCUUGGAGACAACCCCUGGGGCUGUUUGAUCAUUAGUGUCAACAUUAUUUAGGUAAUGUUAGAAGGUUAUGUGAUAGACUUUUGAAAUAAGCAUUGUUUUCAAUAUCAUGUGAUGAGUUAUUUAAUUAAAACUUUGUCCAUUUGAAUGAAAAUAUUGAACUAAAUCUAGGUAUUUUUAAUAAUUACUUUUCAGUUAUUUUAUUGUAUUUGGGAGUCAUUUCCUGAAUACAUUUGUUUUGAAUUUAUAUUUUGUUUUAGCCUGUAACCAAGAUGCAUUUUAUGUUGAAAUGAUGAUAAAACACACACAGUGUUUUGGUAUUUUGAAAAUACAUUAGUUUUGAUUGGAUAGUUGUCAUAUUAUAGUAACUGGGCAUUGUUAUUAUGUAUUUUUAAAUUUGUUGAGGCCUUGAAUGUAAGUUUUACUAUGAAUCCUCAUCAGGUCAUUAUGAUUUGUUUCUUAUAUUACAAAACAGUGUUACUUUGUUGUACGAGUCAUUUAUGUGCUGCUGAAGAUUAAUGGUAAAUAUCUUACAUUUAAUGCUAAAUAUAUUACUAUUUCAGUUGUUACAUUCUAUUAACUUACACUACUGCACAUCAGAGAAUUGUAUUAUGUAGAUGAGACUUCUUUAAGCUUAACUGAUGGAGAACACAUGGGGCUAUUCAUUUUUUGUCAUGUAUGUGUAUCACUCCAAACAACUGGCAUAUUACCACAGAAUUUUGCUGAUUGUGCCGUGUGUUUGGGUCUUACAUGUGGACAAGGAAUUGCUGGUAAAUCUAAUCCAGUUUGAACAGAUUAUCCAACUCAAAUAAUUUUUGUACAUAAUGAUCAUGGAAAAAAAACAAAUUCACCGGUGUUAGGUUUAGCACGUAUUACUUUAGUAUGUUGCCAUUUGUGAUACAGCAGCUUACGUAUGUUCCUAACAUAGCUGAAUUUCUUUAAUGCGAAAAAUUCCAAGAUCAUUAGUGCAAGUACUAUUUGGGACAAGGUGAACAUCUCGGUAGGUUACCAAAAAAUUUGAAAUGUAAAAAGAGGGCUUCUAUGCUUUCUUAGAUUGUCAUGUAAAUUUGGAGGGAAGAAUCAUGGGGCAUACCCAAGGCAAAAAGAUGGAGGGGACAUUAAUUACUGAACAAGGAUAUGUAUGAUUUAUUUAUAAAAAAAAAUUACAUUGCAUGUUGCCUUAUGAAAUGACAAUUUAUUGGACCCACCACCCUUGGGUAUGUCUGUGAUUUAUACAAUGUUGUAUUUCAGUUAUUAAGCCCUUAUUAUACAAUCUCAAAUUAGUCCAAAUAAUUGGUUGGGCACAAAGAAAAGUGUAACAUACUUGCCACCAAUAUUUCCCUCUUGUUCUUAAGUUGGACUAUAUCUCUGUGUCCAUCCAAUAACCUCUAUUUAUGUUCAAAUUAAAAAUUUAAAAUUA